AAUUUUGAUAUACAUUUUCUCCAUAUUUACUUUUCUCUUCACAACAGAAUGUAUACUAAUUGAUGUGUUUUAUUCCUCUGCUGUGGAACCAAAACACACCAUGCACUUUUAGUUUGGGUUGCAAAUAUUGGGCUAGAGUCUCCCAGUGUUUAGUCAGGCAAACCUCAGAUGGAUUGCAGAACUGGGUCCAUUAUUUCCUGAGAGCAGCAAAGGAAAGAGCAGACUAGUAGGAAAUGUAAAAGAAAACCAAAAUCAAAUCUUUAUAGCCAGACACUGUGUUGCUUCAACCAUCCCAGCUAUUGGUGAACCACAUUAACUUUUAUGACUAAUGGAUAAAAACUAUUAUAUUAGCAGCCUCAACCUUGCUUUCCCAUGAAAACAGAAACAGAAAUACCACAUACUUUUUCUCUUACAUUUUUGCAAUUUUAAGGGUAUGUUGUACCACCCACUUUUUUAGGAGAAUGUUGUACCACAGAUAAGCUUUGAAACUACUAGUUAGGCAGCAACCUUAAAUUAUUAGCUGACCAGAAAUAUGCUUCAAAGGCCCAGAGCUGAGUAAGCAAAAUUGAUGUUUGCAAGUCCUAAGUAGCAAACACUGUGAUUUGAGCCAUUCCUGUGGCAUGCACUGCAGAUGCUGUUUCUUUUAAAAUAAAUAUAAUUUUUAAUACUAUGCAUUUGAUAAUCUUGUUUACCCUUCGUGAAAAUUUUACGGCACAGUUGCGUGCAUACUGAGAUAGAUUUAGAGCCACAAACCGUUUUCAUUCUGCUUAUCUAAUUCUCAUUGACACCUAUGUAUAUUAAGCAGCAGAUGCAGGGCAGCUUGAGAUGGAGUCUUCUCUCACUGACGCUGGUAUAAAUUCACGUUGUUCCCGCAACUAGCUGAGAGCUGGCUCCCUAAUACCUAAUGCUUAGUCGAUGCCCCAUGCCUAUUUCUUGUUGAAAGGCAAAGACUCGAGGCUGAUUUAUCUGUCGCCUGUCCAGGCCAGAGUGGGAGUCGGGUGUCUAGCUCCGUGACGUGUGGGAAAGCUUCUAGGAAAGACGUUCACAAGGGCCUGGGCCGCAGCCUCAGUGUGCUGGACUUGUUGCUAACGUUGCCCUUUGCCCUCGCAGAUAUGCCCUGUGUGCAAGCGCAGUAUAGCCCUUCACCGCCCGGUUCAAAUUAUGCAGCUCAGACCUAUGCGUAUGGCUCGGAGUACAGCUCAGAGAUCAUGAACCCUGACUAUGCCAAGCUGACCAUGGACCUGAGCAGUACCGAAAUCACCGCCACUGCCACCACCUCCCUUCCCAGCUUCAGCACCUUUAUGGAGGGUUACUCUGGCAGCUAUGAGCUCAAGCCUUCCUGCCUCUACCAAAUGCAAUCUGCCUCCUCUGGCCAGAGGCCCCUCAUAAAGAUGGAAGACACGCGGCUCUCCCCAUACCAGCCCUCACUGCCACCCUCCACGGAUGAGGGGAUGCCCAGCACUUCCAUGUACUUCAAGCAAUCCCCGCCCUCCACGCCCACCACGCCCGGCUUCCCCUCUCACCAGAGCCUGUGGGAUGAGCCCCCGCUGCAGCCCACGCAGACCUGCCUGCCGCCCAGCCACCUGAUGGACGCCGCGCCCAUGAAGACCGUGCCUCCGCGCUUCCCCCUCUUCCACUUCAAGCACUCGCCCCCCCACACGCCGGCCACGGCCACACACAUGUGCUAUGACCCUGCCUCCCUGAGCCUGCCCCUGGGCUCCGACAGACCCGCCGCCAGCCAGGCGCCCAUGGAGGGCCAUUCCUACGGGCUUCACCUGGCCAAAAGGCCAGCCACCUUAGCCUUCUCACCGCUCGGCCUCAACGCAGCCACCUCCAGCCUGAUGGGUGAGAGCAGUGGUGGCGGCAGCAGCGGCCUCCCAUCUCCACCCAGCAGGAGCUCCUCAUCCGGGGAAGGCACCUGCGCCGUCUGUGGGGAUAAUGCCGCCUGCCAGCACUACGGGGUACGGACGUGUGAGGGCUGCAAGGGCUUUUUUAAGAGAACAGUUCAGAAAAAUGCAAAAUAUGUUUGUCUGGCAAACAAAAACUGUCCAGUGGACAAGAGACGUCGUAACAGAUGCCAGUACUGCCGGUUUCAGAAGUGUCUCAGCGUCGGCAUGGUUAAAGAAGUCGUCCGUACCGACAGCCUGAAAGGGAGAAGAGGUCGGCUGCCUUCCAAACCAAAGAGCCCCUUACAACAAGAACCCUCUCAGCCCUCCCCGCCUUCUCCUCCCAUCAGCAUGAUGAACGCCCUCGUACGAGCUUUAACCGACUCCACACCCAGGGAACUUGACUAUUCAAGAUACUGUUCCACUGAUCAGGCCGCUGCAGGCACAGAUGCAGAACAUGUACAACAGUUCUAUAAUCUUCUGACUGCCUCCAUUGACAUAACUAGAGGCUGGGCAGAAAAAAUCCCAGGAUUUACUGACCUCCCAAAAGAAGAUCAGACAUUACUCAUAGAAUCAGCUUUUUUGGAGCUGUUUGUACUAAGACUCUCCAUCAGGUCUGAUACUGCUGAGGAUAAGUUUGUAUUCUGCAAUGGACUCGUGCUUCAUAGACUUCAGUGCCUUCGUGGAUUUGGGGAGUGGCUCGACUCUAUUAAAGACUUUUCCUUAAACUUAAAGAGCCUUAACCUUGAUAUCCCAGCCUUAGCAAGUUUAUCAGCUCUAACUAUGAUUACAGAACGACAUGGAUUAAAAGAACCAAAGAAAGUGGAAGAGCUAUGCAACAAGAUCACAAGCAGUUUGAAAGAUCACUUAACUUUCAGUUGCCAAAACAAAGGACAACCGCUUGAGUCUGCAGAGCCGAAGGUACUGGGUGUUCUGGCUGAUUUGCGUUCUCUCUGCACACUGGGACUGCAGCGCAUCUUUUACCUGAAACUGGAAGAUUUGGUGCCAGCCCCUUCCAUUAUCGACAGGCUGUUUCUGGACACCUUACCCUUCUGAGUCAAACCACCCUCCUGAAAGGCAAAUGCCCACCAGAGCAGGCAAACGGAUCGUGACUUACAGCUAACAUUUCUGCCCUCACUUAACAGAAAAGCAGCUCCGAGUCUAAAAUGAGGUCUUUUCUGGCGCUUUGUCCUUACAACCUGAGGCCUGAAACUUACUGGCUUACUGGUUUGGGGUUGUGUUCUUUGUUUUCUUUUGUGUGAUUUGGGUUUUUUAAACAGCUAAUAUGGCACUUUUGGACAAUGCUAUCCCAGCAGCAGUAAAAGGUUAACAUGACUGUUUUAAAUCUGUUGUUUAACACCUCAUGGUAUAUGAGGAAUAAAAUUGUAGAAGCUGUGUUUGAAAACAAGAACAGCAAAUAGUUGUUUGCCAGGGUAGUAUGUAUUUUGUGAGGAUACCUUUAGCAUACUUCCUGCAUCAAGGGCACAUACAUCAGCACAAUCUAAACAAAAAAUUCACUUUUUUAGCAAAGUACAUUCAAUUGAACAUUUCAUACAAAUCAAAUAUAGCAAAAUGACAAUGGCUGUUAGCUCCCAUGUUCAAGUGCAAUUUUUUAAAGUGCUGUCUUACCAAGUCUCGUUUAUUAACUAAUUUAUUUUACUAUGAAAACAAACGGAAGAAAUCAAGUGAGAAAAUUACAUGCACUAACUUACCUGACAGAGUUUUCCAAACUUGAUUCCAUGUAGCGUGACUUAUUGACAGAUGUAUGUGGAAGACACGGGAGCAAUUGUGCCUCAGUUGUUCCUUAGCUAAGGAAACCCGCGUAAGUAGUGAUUGGAGCAUACAGGGUCAGCAUCAGGGAUAGGUCAGUUCCAGACUUCUAACAUAAGUGACUAGUUAGUAAACAGACAGAAGAUGGUUUUCAAGAACAAGCAAGUCUUGUAAAAUAGUAUGAAUGUAAGUGCUAGGAAGGAUAUAGUGGGCUGCGUUUAAACAUUCCGUGUUCGUACUUCUUUUUGUAUGUUUAUACUGUUGAUGCCAUAUUAAUAUGAAAUAAUUUGUCGCAUAGUGUCUUUAUUUGUAUAAAUGUUUGUAUGCAUGGUAUAUUGUAAUGGCUUUGCCUGUAUUUAUUGCAAUGACUGCCAGCUCAUGGGAGCCCUGUUACACACGAUAACUAAAUGGGGUGUUCACACUGACUCAGAUACACCAGUUGGAAAACUAUAUACAUAUAUAUAAUGUGUAUAUAUAUAUAUGUAUAUACCUAUAUUUGUGUGCGUGUGUGUGUGUGCGCGUGUCUUUUUAUUAACCAUUUGUAUAUAAAAUAUCUUGUCAAAUCACAAGCAGAGUUAUUUUACAGUUUAUUUGCAGUGACUUCUAAGGCAGUACUGUUUAGCACUUUGAUAUUAAAAUCUUGCUCAUGUUUUGCUAAAUUCAAAUAAUAUUUAAGAAGUUUAGUUCUAAAAAACUUUAUAUGCACUGUAUUAAGUCAAAAUUUUGUUGGUCAUUUUGCUAAGGAAAUUUUUGAAUGUCAACCUGAUGUCACUGUAUCUUUUGUUAGCUUUAAACAUUCUAGCUUUUGUCUUUUUUUAAACUCUGCUGUUUAUAUGGAAAUUAAAUUAUACAAUCAAACAGAUGCCAAAUGAAUUGCCUAAUUGCUGCAAAGGAUAACCCAGAUAUUGAGUCACUGUAUGGUUUUCAAAUAGUAAUCUGGUAUUUUAUCACUUAACUAUGUUUGGAUGUGCUUUUAUGAAAAAAUUAUUCUUAUAUCAAGAUUUAUAGUAGUGUCAAUAGGGAAACAGACUUCUAAUCACUAUAGUUAAUAUUUCCAGUUUACCUGCAGAUAAUAUUUGGAAAAGUAUUGCUUUUUGUAUUGACUUUUAAGCUUAUGUGCAAACAUAAUAGCAUAAUUAAAUAUCAGAGAAGCUAAUGUUUCUUGUAGGUUGCUGUAACAAGCCUGACCAGCAAGACAAAUAUAUUUUGACUGAA